GAAAUUUAAAGGCCGUCCCUUUUGUCAGCUGUGUGGCUGACCUACGCUGGCUGGUUCCCCUAACACUUGUUGCUGCCUGAGCGCCGUCCCGACGCCUAACAUCAAGGUCUCCCUGCAAUGGACACCAAGGACCUCAGUGACAGCCUGAUUCGGCUGCGGCGCUUCCUUCGCACGGGCCUUGAAGGCAGCCGCUACCAGGCUGGCGGAGUGGGCGGAGCUGGCACCAAGUUUUCAAGCGAGUCCGCACCGACAAUUCACUCAAUGGUUGAGGGACCGUACGCCUACAUGGUGAUGGAGGAGCUGCUCCACGUUAUGAAGUCUAAUCAGAAGUCUCAGUGGCAGGCAGCAUGCCCGGAGGCCAUAGCCUAUUCACUGGCAGUCUGCGCAGCCUCGGACCACCGGCCAACCAAGACAGCUGCUUACCUGGCUUUCAGGGAGAUUUGCAAGUGCCCUUCGCAGCUUUUUGCGGUCACCCGCUACCUGGAGCAGGUGAGCGAGGGAACGGGCUGGGGCCGUGCCCACCGCCGAGCUGUGGCCCACUGGUACUCGGCUGGAGAGUACAGCAAUGCCCGGCAGCUGGCGGCACAGGCAACACGUGUAGUGCGGCGUCACCGAUGGACGCAUGCCGAUCUGCUGCGGCUUGCACAUGUUAGACCACCCCAACACAAGCCAGGUGUCGCCGUGUUGCUCCGCUACUUGACGCAUGGCCUUCCAGCGGCCACCAAGCUGGUGGAAGAGAAGGAAGCCGAAGGAGGCAGCGUGGCAGAAGAGGCUCGGGAUGUCCUGGCCUACCUGCAGGCAGUGCACGAGGUGCGGCACACCAAAGAUGAACAGGUGGCUGCCCGCCUCAUGGAGGAACACCAGCUCACCCUAGAGCAUGUGCCCUCACACCUGCUGCGCUCCAAGGAGGUGUGGCUGUACCUGGUGCGCCGUCUGCCCCUGCAUAAAUUGGUGGCGCACGUGCCGCAGCUGUCAAGGGCGGGACUGCUGGCACGAGGUCCCCUAGUGGGGGCACUACGAGAGCGUCUGCAGUCAGCCUGUAGUGAGGACUGCCCACCGGUGGGGCCUCUGGAGACAUAUGUCCUCAAGCGCAGCCUGGAGGCUGGACGCCCCAAGCACCACAACCACCACCACCGGUCAUCUUCGUCGCACCAGCUGGAUGAUGUUGUUGCUGCCCUUCAUGAGCACUCAUUCAGGGCAGUACCCCCAAAUGGCAUGCGCUACCUGGUGGCUGUGGAUGUCCGCGGCCCCAUGACCCAUGCGCGCACCCGUGGUCUUGAUGGGCUUACGCCCGCCGAGGUGUCGGCACUGCUUCUGCAAGCACUGGUACGCUCAAGGGACGCGGUCACUGCAGUGGCCUUCUCCGCAAGGGGCCUGGCACCACUUGACCUGGACGCUCAGAUGAGCCUGGCCGACAUCAGCCGACGCCUGCGCGAGACGCCGAUGGGCCCAGUGGAUGUGUCACUUCCGCUGCAGUGGGCCCGUGAGCAAAAGCGUGUCUUUGACCUGGUGCUGGUGUGUACCGACAACCAGACUCAAAGUUGGUCCGUCCAUCCCGCUCAGGCCCUGAAGGAGUACCAGGAGAGCUGCAAAAUAAAUGGUCUCAGGUUCGCGGUGUGUGCCAUGUGCAGCCAGGGCUUCUCGCUGGCACCUCCUGACGAGCUGAAUAUGCUGGACAUCGCAGGCUGCGACAGCCGCACCAUUCACCUGAUAAAGGAUUUUGCUACAGGCCUCUUCUGAGCUGCCAUCCAUUUCUUUCCUGUUUCAUCAUAGCUUUGAGCUCAUCUCCCGGUGAGAGUCUGGCACUGAGUGGAGUAGAUAUUUAAGUAAUUUUAUCUCUUAAAUCUUUUGCUGUCUUUUACUUGUCAUUUAUGUUUCGAUUGCCUACAUGCAGUAGGGGAGUAUUAGCCCCUUAACUUGACAUCAGCUUAUCAUGAGUUAUCAUCACUAUAUGCCUUAUGACAAGCCUUCCUCAAAAUGUACAUGGUGGUAGAUGUUCUACAUUCAUGGAUUUUGUUGAAAAAGGUUUCCCACACUAUUUGCAGACCUAAUAUUGUGUUUUAACCAUGUUAUCAAAGCAUUUCAUGCCAGAAAGUGAGCCGUUAUGGUAGAAAAAAAAGCACCCUUAACCCUUUCGCUGUCGGACCUUUCUGGCCGUGACGCACCCCCAGUGUGGGCUUGCUUUCAGGGAACGAGUAUAACAGGGAAUGAACAUAGCAAUUCAUUUUUGAUUAUAAUUGGUAUACAAAUAACAUAGCCUAUGCAAUAUGCACAUUUCCGUGUUCUGCAGCUGUUGUUAGUAAUCAUCAUCAUCAUCAUCAUCAUCAUCAUCAUCAGCCUGACUAUAACAUCCGUUCAACAUCCGAAUCUGACGAUGCGGAAUUCACCUCUUCCUCGCAUGAGACUCUGUCCAAAUCUGAAUCCGAGCUUGGCUCGUAUUCUGAAUCAGAAGAGCCACCGUUCCAAUGAGCAGACGAAGGUCCCGUGCGCUCAGCCAUCCGAAAGUAACCGCGCACAGGAAGGAUGUGAUUUCAGUCACCCGCACAAUGGAGGGAAAUGGGACGUUGUGUGAACAAGAAGACAGAGGGAGAUGGAAAAAGGCUCAAACAAAGUUCGAAGGGCUUUACAUUUACUGCUGCAAGUCGGAAGCGAGAGUGCGGCGAGAGAGCGAAAGCAGCAAUCGAGUCACUCUUUUUGGAGAGGCAACGGCGCGUGCCUCUGAACUUGACGCGCCGUAGCAAACACACCAACAGAAGAAAAAUAAAGACUUUCAAACCAGCGGAGAUGGCAGAACAACCCUCGAACCCAUAACCCAACGCAUGAUCCAGCGAACACGAAGCCACCGCACCACUCAGCAAAGGGAGAGGGGCCAGUGGCGGUCGCACCGUACUCUUCAAUACAUGUACACACAGUGCGGGGCGAAAAUUUGAACUUGUAGAAAGAUUUAACAGAUGGCAAGGCCAGUCCAGGAGCGCCAGCUUUGCGCUCAGGCACGAAAUUUUGAACGCACGAUAGAGAACGUACUGGUACAUCAGUGACACUGUGGGGGGGAAGCGCAAAGACGUACCUGUACGUCCGUGACAGCAAAAGGGUUAAAGGGGGUAAAGGGAACCCAAACAAAUACUGGACAGACUCUCGGUGAAUUGCGUAUUCUUCGGUGGCUUCCCUGCAGUAACGAUAUAGUCAUGGAGGCAAACCUUAAUUAAGGCAUGCAGACCUGUUAGGCAAAAAAAAAUGAAAUGAAAAGAAUGUCACGCCAGUCACAGCUUUAUAGAAACCCAGGUGGUCAAAAUUAAUCCGGCUCCCUACACUACUGCAUCUCUCAGCCCAUGUGUUGCUUUGGCAUGUUAACCAUUGAGGGUCGAUUUUUUCGUCAUAUACGACCACCGUGGGUCGAUUUCUUUUAUUACAGAUUACAAUUCUUUUUAAGGACUUAUUUCAAAAAAAAUUUACCAUAAUUUUUCUAGGGUGA